AUAAAAUAGUAAUUAUCAUUUAUUUUAAACAGCUUUAAUAAAUUUAAAUAGUUUAAUAUUCAAUUUUGAAACGCACUGUAACCACGUGGCAACGAGUCCUUAUAAAUGGCUAUGCCACGCCCAUAAGGCGCCGGACAUUAAACUCAAUGAGUUGAAAUUAUUUGCAGCUGAAGGUCAACUAAAAGCGGACUGAAUAAAUGGCGAGGGAGUUGGGGAGCAAAAAAAGUUGCUAGAGAAGUGGAUGGUUGCCAUGGUUCGAUGGGCUCGGUGGGCGUGGCUGCUGGGGCGCCAUUAAAGACAACUUCCGCAAACAAUAAAUUUUGCUUACCAAAGAAGAAGCUGGCUGCGUGAUGGUGAAACGGAACCCAAAAUGGUUUUUGGGGCUGCUAAGAGCUUAAGCGCUAUUUUUUAAAAAAGAAUUUUCGACAUUUUUUUUUUUCUGGGCCACCAAGAAAACUGCUGUCGAUUAAGCUGUUAAAUAUAUUUUUUGCCGCUUUUGUUAGAGUUUCGCGGUUUUUGGUUUCAUUUUUUUUUUUUUUUUUUUGAAUUGGCUGGUGAAUUUUUGGUUAGCUAAAAUGUGCACGGCUGCGUUAAUUUGUAUGGAUUAUUUAUGGUGGCCGCUGGCUUUUCUGCUGCUUCUGGCAGCAAAUGAGGCCACAAAGGAAGUGUGGCUGGCGAAAACUCCGUCCGAGCGCGAGAAAGCCCGGAUGAGCUGCAAGUUUUCGGCAAAAGUUUGCAGCCGCACAAGUGCCAACUAGAAUUUAUGGCAAUGUUUUUGAAAGUUGGCAGAGCAUUGCCAAUGUUUCCAGCUCGUAUACAUUUAAUUUCCCUGACUGUACAAAAUCAAUUAACAAGAAAUGAAAGCCGCAGCUUCGACAUCAAACUGAUAUCAGUUUUCUUUGCACCUUCGAUCGAAGAUGUUGCCGGUUCUUGUGGUUUUCCAAUUUAUAAGUUUUACUUAUAGUAAAGCAGAGCUUAGGGAAAUUUCACCCUGUGGAGAUAUGUUUAAGAAGGCUGAUUCCAAUCUUACCACCAUUUUCCAUUGCCUCAUGGAAAAUUAUAAUCUCACUGCCACUCUAUCAGGUGUUUUAUUGAAAAUGGAUCAAGUUGAAGUGCUGCUGGAUGGAGUUCCCACUGAUGAACAGAAAUAUAAGCCAUCGCCUUUCGAAAACAUAGAUGAUAUAUUGGACAUACCAGCUGAUGUUUCCCAUAAAGAUUGCCUAACGAAGCACCAAAUUAUGCAAGCCAUACUAAGAAAACUGGAAUGGUAUAACCUAAUGAACAACAGGGAUAACACUCUCUACUCUUGGCCCUGGAAAUCCGGUGCUUAUAAACCCAAAAUUGCAUAUAAAAAAAGAGAUGAAGAUGAGAUUUCAACCACUCAGCCUGAGAUUGGAGUUUCAGACAUUUUGCAUGAGAUCCGUUGUCUGCUCGCGAAAGCCAUUCGAAACACAGGUAAUAAAUUAAGCUUUUAACCUUUUGUUGGCUCAAUUGAUUGCGACAAUUAAAAAGGCACAACAGCGGUGACAGGUGCGAAAAUUGGCCAAAGGGGUGAUGGGAAGGGGCGUGACCUCUACUGCAUUUAAAUUGUAAAUAAAUAUGU